AUGGACUGCAACAACACCGAAGAAACCGGCACUUCUACAGCUUUUCUUUAUUCCUGCAAUGGUAAAAAGAAGUCCUGCCCUGCUUUUCUGAUCUGCAGCGACGACAACGACGAGACCACACUUUUCUCCUCAAAAUCUCUUUCCUCUGAUUCAUCUGGUCGGUCUUUUUACCAAAACAGACCUCGGUGUGACCGCCAAAUUGAGACGAGUCGGCGAAGAAGUAAUCAGAGGAAGGACUCUGAAAUGGGUCUAAUGCCGGUACUACAAGGAAAAGUUGAAGACAGCUUUGCGGCGGUGAAGUGUUCUAGCGAUCCCUACAAUGAUUUUAGGACUUCAAUGGUGGAAAUGAUAGUGGAAAGGGAGAUUUUCGGAGCCAAGGAUCUUGAGAAUCUGUUACAGUGCUUUCUCUCUCUAAACUCUUGUCAUCACCACAGGGUCAUCGUUGAAGUGUUAACUGAGAUUUGGGGUGCCCUGUUCUCAAACUCGUCUUAUUGA